CAUUGUAUAGCAUAUAGUGCGUGCGUGUGUGUAUAUAAUCAUAUAUAAUAUAAGCAUCACUUUGUUUGACCCUUUGGAAACCUGUGGUGUAAAAGUGAGUGGCUGCUAUAAAUAUUCUAGUGAAGUAUACUUAAACAUUCCGUUGCAUCUUGUUAUUCUCUUCUUGCUGUGUGUGUGAGAGAGAUAGAGAGAGAAUGGGAAAUUGUCAAGCUAUUGAUACUGCAACUCUUGUAAUACAGCAACCAAAUGGUAAAGUAGAAAAGUUGUAUUGGCCUAUAAGUGCUAGUGAAGUUAUGAAGGCAAACCCUGAUCACUAUGUUGCUCUUCUUAUCUCUACCACAUUAUGUACAUCAAAGGACAAAGAAAAUUGCUCAAAUAAGAGUGAAAACAACAUCAACAACACCAACCCUGUUCGUGUUACACGUAUCAAGCUUCUUAAGCCUACAGAUACACUUUUGCUUGGUCAAGUUUAUAGACUCAUCUCAGCUCAAGAGGUUACAAAGGGUAUGUGGGCAAAGAAACAAGCAAAGAUGAAGAGAAACUCAUCAGAAUCAGCACAAAAGUCAAAUCAGAUUAAGGAAAGGAUUGACAAAGGAGCUAAGAGUUCUGAGCCUGAAGACAACAAGGAAAGCAAAUCUGAAAGACAAGGGUCAAGGACAACAACAACAAGUAAUGGUGUUAAUAGCAAUCACAAGUCAAGAACAUGGCAACCCUCUUUACAAAGUAUCUCAGAGUCUGCCAGCUGAUAUGUGUUUUCAAUCUUAUUAUUACUCACAUGUGAUGACUCAACUCCCUAUAUGAUUGCUUAGAUCUGUGGAAAUUAAAUUAAAUUAAAUUAAAUAUAGCAGCACAUUUUAGGGAAGCUAGAGACAACUUUGAGAGAUGAUAAAAUUCCCUUUGGUUGAUCAACUGGCCUCAUGCAUAAUAAUUGUGUAUAGUAUAAAAGGUUGACAUAUUGAAUAUCAUUUAAUGUUUUCAUAUAUUACUCUUCAGUGAAAUCAGGCUUCAUCAUCAUCAA